ACGUCCGCCAUCUUGGAAAGGCGAGAGAGAGACGCGACUUCUUAUUUGAGGAAAAAAGUCCAAUUUCUCUCACUAUGAACGCGUUACAGUCUUAUUCGAGUGAUGAUGAAUCGGGUGGGGAAGUGCCGGAAAGGAAGAGUCACAAAUGUGGUGACCCAGGCACAAACUACGAUGAUGUAGGAAUGGAUAUAAGUGAGGACUCCGAGGAUGAGCUGCAGCAGAACCCCAAAGCCAACAGUGCCAACAGUGCCAACGCCUCGACUAGGCCGUCGUCGGUGAACAGCUGCACGCCUUCACAUGGACUGCCCAGUGCCUCGCCGACCUCCGGCAAAUCCUCUGCCACAGACAGCAAAGACGGACAGAGGUCCAGUUUACAGGAGAGAUUACUAGGACUUGCCAGUGGAGGGAGACGUUUAUCCCAAGAUGACCGAGGUGGACAGAGAGAAAACAAAGACAGCAGCAGUAGCGGCAGCAACGCAAGCUCCACCUUAGAACAGGAUGCUAACCCCCCCUCAAAAUCUAGAUCUAAGUCCCCCGUGGUCACUAAGCCGUCCAAAACCAGGUCUCCUAAGCCCAGGUCCCCGGGGGGAGGGGGCCACCGCAGUAGGCACAAGACGAGAUCAAGAUCAAAGUCAAGGGAGAGGGACUCAGGGCGCUCGGGGCAGCAAAGCAGAGACCAUACGAGUCGAAGUCAUCUCAGUCAAGGGCAUUCAGGGCGAAAUAGAGACAGCCGAGACGUACGCAGGAGCCGCGACGACGACCGCAAGCGGAGAGAUGAAGAGAGACGCAGCAGAAGGUCACGGUCCAGGUCAAGGUCGAGAGAGAGACGCAGGUCGAGGUCGAGGUCAAGGGAUCGCAGGUCACGGUCGAGGUCAAGGGAGAGGCGCAGACGCAGUCGAAGCCGGGAGAGAAAGAGGCCCAUGGACAUCAGGAAAGUCUUUCCUACAGAAGCUCAGCAGAAAUUGGCUGCCCUUAAAGCAGCGAACCCAGAUCUGACCACGGCAGAGCUUUUGAGAAGGAGCAUGGAGGCCCAGGUGGAGGAGGUGCAGAAGCAGACGGGCAUCACCCUCCCGUCGUACUACAACCCGGCGGCCAUGAACCCCAUGAAGUUUGCCGAGCAGGAGAGAAAGAAGAAGCUGCUGUGGGGUAAUAAGAGUAAGCCAGAUGGCACUGGCAGCGCAAGCGAAGGCACUUCUUCCCUCUAUGGCAGCCUCGGUGCCCUUGCCAGCCAGAGCGCAGGUUUGGAACAGGCAGGCGUCUCGCAGCCCAAGAUGGAGAUGAGUGCCGGGCCGCUGAGUGGAGCGACAGGGAGCGGCCAGGCGUCCCUUUGGGCCAACACCAAGUUCUCCAAUGACCGUGACGGGAAAAUGGCAGAGAAGUUCCGUAGACUCAUGGGUGUCAAAAAUGCAGCUCCAGCAGAACCCCCAGCUGCUGCCGAUACAAAAACCAGCAAAGACGGGAGAGACGUUGACUUGCUGCAGAAGCAAGAGACGAUGUUCUCCUCGAUGGAAAGGCAGUACGAAAUGGCUCGACUUGCUACUCACACUCACAAGGGCUUUGGUCUGGGGUUUACUAGUCAGUCUUUUAUGCCAAAGUAAAAGAAUCCUUUUUUCUUUCUGUCUCCUUCGCCUCUUUCUUCUUCCUCUUCCUAUUCUUCCCACUUUUCCUCUUGUAAUAAUUUACUUUACAGUUAUUCUUGUUAUAACUCUAUACCUGCUACUACUUCUUAACACAGAUUGUUAUAGAUUAUAUAAAGGGAUGAGAGUGUUGCUAUUUAUUUCACCUUCUGGGUAUGCAUAUUGUAGCUCUAUGUCAAGUUGUGUUAGUGUCAGGAGUGCUUAAUAUUGAUUGUUAUGUUCUCUAGAAAUCCUCAGAUGGAAGGCAUGAAAGUAUGUAGUACAACAGGUGCAACCCUUAUCAAAGAUUAUAAUGAUAACAGUAAUUUUAACUUCCUGCAUUUAUUUGAAAUUGGAAACCAACACUCAUUAAAUUCCUCCUCAAAUCA